AUGACUCCCAAUACCAUAUCUAUUGAUUACCAAACCAAUCGGGUCUUUCCCGAACCCGAUGUCUUCAUACACUGCUCCCAAGGAACACGCAUUCCGGUCCACGCUAGCAUUCUGGCUUCGGUGUCGCCGGUUUUGGAGAACUUCAUAGAUCGGCCGCGUAAGCAUCGGAGCUCCGAGAGGAUAAUCCAAAUCCACGGCGUACCUUGCGACGCGGUUAUAGCCUUCGUUGGUUUUCUCUACUCCUCUAGGUGUACGGAGGAGGCGAUGGACAAGUAUGGAAUGCACCUUCUCGCAUUGUCUCACGUUUACCUGGUGCCGCUGUUAAAACAAAGGUGCAUCAAGGGUUUGACCGACCGUUUGACCACGGAAAACGUCGUCGACGUAGUGCAACUCGCGCGCCUCUGCGACGCACCGGAUCUCCACCUCCGCUGCAUGAGGCUCCUCGCCAAUAACUUCAAAGCGGUGGAGGCGACCGAGGGGUGGAAGUUCCUCGUCAAGCACGAUCCCUGGCUCGAACUCGACAUUCUCCGCUUUAUCGACGAACACGAGACGAGGAAGAAGAAAUCAAGGAGGCAUAGGAUGGAACAGGGGCUAUACACGGAGCUGAGCGAGGCGAUGGAAUGUUUAGAACACAUAUGCGCCGAGGGGUGCACGCUAGUUGGACCCUACGAUGUGGAGGUGCAGAGAGAGAGAAGGCCCUGUGGCAGAUUCUCCACAUGUCAAGGGCUUCAGGUUCUGAUCCGCCACUUUGCCACGUGCGAGAAGAGGAUGGCCGGUGGCUGCGUUCGCUGCAGGCGGAUGUGGCAACUCUUUCGGCUUCAUUCGUACGUUUGCCAUCAAACUGAUUCCUCCUGCAAGGUUCCUUUCUGCAGGCAAUUUCAAUUGAAGAUGCAGCAAGAAAAAAGGAAAGAUGAUGCUAAGUGGAAACUUCUAGCGAGGAAGGUGGCCUCAGCCAAAGUCAUGUCUUCCCUGUCUCUUCCAAAGAGGAAACGAGAUGAGGAAAUGAGAGUCACAAUGAACAAUCACGGGAUUAGAAGCUUUAAAUUACUAUGA